AGCUGACGCCGGGUCUGAUAAAUAUACAUCCACGACGCCCACCGGAGAAGCACGUAGCAGCAGCAGAAGUGGCUUCCCACCGCGAAGUGAGUGUCGGCGUGGGAUGCCGACUAUGAACAUUCUUGACAACAAUUAACGGAGAGUCUAUUGACGGUUAGCCAACAACUAGCUAACAGGAAGUGCUUUUGGGUCCAAAGCCAAAACAAAACAACUAACGUAGCGGGGCACUGCAGGCGAAACACCCAGCGGUCCAGAUCACUUCGGCCGACGUCAGCGGGGUUUAUGAGGUGCUGAGUCAUCUCACCUGAUCUGACCCAUCAUCACGUCUCUCUCUGGUCCACUGAUCUGCCAACAUGGCGAACGCAGAGUCUGUCCGGGUGCGGGUCUUCAAUCUGAACUGCUGGGGGAUCCGUUACCUCAGCAAACACUGUGGUCAGCGCUAUGCCAUGAUUGGAGACAUGUUGUGCAAGGAAGAGCACGAUAUUGUCUUACUGCAAGAGGUGUGGAGUGAGAAGGACUACCUGUCCCUGAAAAAGAAGCUCGCCUGUAGCCACCCUCAUUCUCAUUACUUCAAGAGCGGAGUCAUAGGAAGUGGACUGGCCCUUUUCUCCAAACACAGAAUCCAUGACACAUUUCUCUAUCGCUACUCGCUGAAUGGUUAUCCAUACAUGGCUCACCACGGAGACUGGUUCGGAGGUAAAGCCGUUGGGAUGGCCGUCUUGAGCAUUGCCAGCCUGACUGCAAAUGUCUAUGUUACUCAUCUGCAUGCGGAGUACUGCAGAGACAAGGACGCCUACCUACCUCACCGAGUGGUUCAGGCCUGGGAGCUGCAGCAGUUCGUUCGGCACACCUCCGCUGGAGCAGACGUGGUCAUUCUAGGUGGUGACCUCAACAUGCAUCCCCAGGACCUCGGGAACAGACUGCUGAGGUCUUACACCGGACUCCGAGACUCGUAUUUAGAAACUGAUCAAUUUGAUGGAUGUGAGGAUGGUAUCACUCUAAUCGCUGACAACCCCUUCAUCAGUAAAAAGGAGCUCAUUCCCUUCGAGAAGGGAAUCCGAAUCGACUACAUCCUGUUCAAGGGCUCUCCUAAAACGGACAUUUUCUGCGACUCCAUGUCCACCACCAAAGGCUCCGUCAGGGACCAUCCCUUCCCUUACUCCGAUCACGAGGCUCUGACCUCUGAGCUGAGGCUGGAGUCUCACACUCCGCCUGGGACCGGGAGAGACGAGCGAUCGAAAGAUCAGGACACUGCUACAGGGAAGCUGGCCGAGUUGGUCGACAUUGUGACCGAGGCCCGUACGGAGGUCAAAGUAGGCCUGCACUGUGCGGAGAGCAUGCGCUACACGGCGGCUCGCACCGGGGUGAUGGGGUUGGCCCUGCUGUUCCUGGAGCUGGCCAUCGCCGCCGUGCCCUGGUUGGCCCUGGGAGCGGACCAGCCGUUCCCCCGCACCUCCUUCUACCUGCUGGCGGGGCUGUGCUUCGCCAUCCUGCUCACCACCUCCCUGCUGUACGUCUUCUACACCAUGGAGCUGAAAUCUCUCCAGGGGGCCGAGGACCAGAUGAGACUGGCAGUGGGCAGUCUGCAGGAGAGCCUCAGGGGCUUCCCCCUGGCUCAGGCCCACAGCACACAGCGGAAGCCCCCGGACGGUCUCGGCGCCCUUGACCCAGAGGAAUAAUCAGUGCCGACUGGGUCAAAGUGGACUCGGCGGAGUGAAGGGAGCUUUGAGAUGAAUGUUUUGAGGAAAUGAUUACUCCUCUGAAUGUGUUUUAUGCUCUAGAGAUUUAGAUUUGUACCACAGUGACUGAAGGGGUUUAACGACAAUCGAAGGAAAGUUUCUGAUAGGAGCACAAUCGCGCUUUAUCAUUUUUAAGUACUUUUUUAUAUAUUUGUCCUUCAGCCUUUCAUCACCUCUAGAUUUCCCUCUCUGCACCUCCACAGAAUAUUCUUCCACUCAGACAGCCAGAUGUAUAUCUGUGCUACCGCUGCACUUGAACGCGCAAAUAUGACCAGUAGUGGGUUUUUUGUUUGUUUUUAAAAGCCUCACGUCCGACUUGCAUUCCACCCACCGGUAGCAUCAUCGGGGACCAGACGUCGUCUGUGGUUAAUGUGGCGCUUCCCCUUUUUGUGAUUUGGAGAGGGCACCGUACAAUCACAGGGGGUCCAGACUUACUUAAUGCGCCGAAAUACAUUUUUACCGAGAACUUCAUGUAGCACUUAAAAGACGAGGCUCCUCAGGCAACGGUUUGGACUUCUCAGUGUAGUGUAGUGGAGAAGGGACAAAUUGUACCUGCACGUCUCCAGUUUUUCGCAUUCGGAGACACGAACACGCCUCCAAUCCCAAAGUCCAGCCGUUGGAAUGUGCUGAUAUUCUGUUGUGUAUACUCUUAACUUGAUUCUUAAACUUAAUGUGAAGUUUUUUUUUUUUUUAUAAUAUCUCUUAGUAUGUAUUUAGUGUGCAGUGCACUUAGUUGACUAACCAGAUAAACCACUUCCUUCUAUGUGUGCUGAUGGGAAACGACUUGACGAUCACGUUCAUAGUCGCUGUGAAUCAGUGUUACGACUCACGAUGACUGAUUUUUAUCUUAACUGUAAUUUUGUUACUGCACCUCGCCGUUAGAAAAGCACCUGUACAGUAGUUCCAUUUUAUCAAGGUUCAUAAGAAUUUCAGAUGAUUUCACCCGACGUUCAUUACAAUUUUGAGAAAAUCACGAUGGGCAUGAUGAUGAAAGCAAUAAUAAAGGAACAUUUUGCUCAA